AUGAGGACCUCUGAUAUACAUUUCGCUGUGAAUGCAUCGGAGACAUGGGUCUACAAGACUCACGACACGGUCGAUGGAGUGAUUCUAUUUACACCACACCAAGAUACCGACAUCGAUGAUAUCAACGUCUCAUUUCAGGGAAAUGCACGAACCGAAGUUGAGAACAUGAACUCGCAUGUCCCACUCCCAUACAAUGAAAUCCGAAAGACCUUCCUUCGCAUGGACAUAGCACCACUCGACUAUUUACUAGACACGAGCAUCCUCAAAUCCGACAAGAAAUAUCGAGUCUCGUUUGUAUUUGUCGUCCCAGACCAACUCCCCAUCCACGCCUGUCACCAUGAAUGCGCCAAUUCUCAAAUCCGUCAAGAACACCUGCACCCUCCCCCAAGUCUCAGUCACCAAAAGCACAAACAAAAUAUCCACGACAUGUCACCAAAGAUGGCAGAGAUUGCAUACAGCAUAAUCUUCACAUUAUGGCAGCGAAGCGGCAAAGGAGGACGAUCCAAGAAACUCCAAGAAGCAACAUAUCCAAUCCAAAUCCAGCCUACACGAGAAGAACACGCUCCAAUCCUGAUCCCAGAGAAGAAUAAAUACUACCAACUCCAUUCUCAAACGACAGUCUCAAAGGCUAAGGGCUUUGACAUUCUUUGGUCUGGAGCCGUGAAGGGAUUCCCCUGA